AUGUCUCUGUCAAAAAAGAGAAAAGUGGAUGCGGAGUGCAGAGUGUUCCAAGAAAAAUGGUCAUCCUCCUAUUUAUUCACGGAAGUGAAUGGGAAAGCUGUAUGUUUGGUGUGUUCCCAGCAUGCUGCAGUGCUGAAAGAAUAUAACCUCUGUCGCCACUAUGUGAGUCUUCAUGCCGACAAAUAUGACAACUUUCAAGGACAGCGGAGAAGAGAGAAGGUGAAUGAGCUGUUGGCGGGUCUGAAGAAACAGCAGUUUGUAUUUACUCACAGCCGAGAGAUCAGUGAUGCUGCAGUGAAAGCUAGCUACCUCAUUGCUAACGAAAUUGCACUAGCUUCAAAACCAUUUAGUGAGGGUGAAUUUGUAAAAACAUGUAUGAUGAAGGCAUUAGAGAUUGUGUGCCCUGAAAAGCGCCAGGCCUUUGCAAAUAUCAGCCUGACAAGAAACACAGUUGCCGACAGGAUUUCUGAUCUUUCAGCGGAUUUGGACAGUCAGUUGAAGUCAAUUAUUGUGUUUUCAGUUGCAAUUGAUGAAGGCACGGACAUUACAGAUGUUGUACAACUGGCAAUUUUCAUCCGCGGAGUUGAUGACACAUUGACCGUCACCAAGGAGUUCGUGGAGUUGGUACCAAUGACAGAUACAACGACUGCAGCUGAUAUUUUCACCGCACUCAACGGCGCGCUGGACAGGGUCGCAGUGUACUGGUCCCGCGCUGUCAGCCUGGCUACAGAUGGUGCGCCCUCAAUGAUCGGGAAGAAAGCAGCCGUUGUAAAAAAGUUCAGAGAUAAAGUGCAAUCUGCAAAUGGAGGACGUGAUUUUCGGACUUUUCACUGUAUUUUGCACCAGGAGGCUUUGUGUUGCAAGUCACUGAAAAUGGAUAACGUCAUGAAGGUGGUCAUCCAAACUAUUAAUUUCAUCCGAUCCAGAAGCCUCAAUCACCGUCAGUUUGACAGUCUUCUCAGAGAGAAAGACCACAUCUAUGGCCUGCCAUACCACACUGAGGUAAGAUGGUUAAGCCGAGGGCUGAGGCGUUUCUUUGAUUUACGAGAAGAAAUUGAACAGUUUAUGGAAGAAAAGGGCAAACCAGUGUUAGAAUUUCAUUCCACAGAAUGGAUGCAGGACUUUGCAUUUAUGAUGGAUGUUACAGAGCACCUGAAUAACUUGAACAAACAGCUG